AUGCUCCUGGCUAUCUGCUAUCGGAUGGUCUGGGUUCCCUUCCUCCUUUCUCCCCUCUCUCUCCAGUCAGGGUCUCGCCUCUCUCCGCUUCUCCCUCUUUCCCAUCGCUAUCCGCAGGGCCUGCUAUACAUGGAUCAUGAAGCGAGCGGGGGGAGGGGGAGCGGCGAGGGGGUGUUUUAUGAGAGCACGGGGGAGUAUGGGCGGAUCCGUCCCUCCAGCUGUUCCUGUUCCCCUUCUCCCCUUGCCCCUAUCCUCCUUUGCCAUGCACCCCCUCUUUCUUCCCGGGUGCAGUCGACAGUGAGGGAGGUGGAUGUGGCCUCUGGUGAGGUGCUCAACAGCGUGCCUCAGAGUGAUGACGUUUUUGGCGAGGGCCUUGCACUGCAUGACAACAGGCUGUACCAGCUGGCAUGGCGGGUGUGGAAAGGCCUGGUGUACGACCGAGACACACUACAACCACGGGGUGAGUAUGAUGGUGGGGGAGGGGGGGAUAAGGGAGGGAGGGGGAGAGGGAGGACGCAGCUGUGGAAAGGGGGGGAGAGUGGGGUGUUAAGGGGUUGGUUCUUUCGCAUUCCCCGACAUCCCUCCUCCAUUGUUCACUUCUCGCUGCUUCCAGGCAGCUUCCAGCACGGCAUGGCGGACGGGUGGGGCCUAUCUGUGCUCAACGAGUCAAUCAUGGUCGGCACAGACGGCUCAUCCACGCUCUUCCACCUCGACUCCUCAUCCUUGAAAGCCAAAGCACGGGUGACAGUGAAGGAUGGCAAGAGGAGCAUCCCGAAUCUGAACGAGCUGGAGGUGGUGGGGGGGCUCGUGUGGGCCAACGUGUGGCUCUCCACCUGCCUCGCCGCCAUCCACCCUGACACCGGCCGAGUGCUCGCAUGGCUGGACCUCUCUUCCCUGCAGUGA